AUGGCGUCCCAAGCCUCAUCGACCAAUUCGGGUCUCCCUCCCGACCUGUUCGACACCACCACCGUCAUCUCCCUGCUGGCCACCGUGGCCAUCGUCCUCGCCGCGUACUCGACCUCCAAGCUCGUCCUCCCCAAGUCGACAUCGGGCACGCUCCGCUUCUUCUUCAUCUGGCACCUUGCCGACGCGCUAUGCCACUUCAUCCUCGAGGGUAGCUUCCUCUACCACUGCUUCUUCUCCUACAUUCCCACCUCCGAGCUGGGCCCCGACCAUGGCCUCUUCCCCACACCGUACAACUUCCUCCUACAUGGAGGGGACCGUGUCUACGGGGCCCAAUCGGGUGGAAGCAACCCAUUCGCCCAGUUGUGGAUGGUCUACGCCCGCGCUGAUAAGAGAUGGGCCGGUGUAGACCUCGGUGUCGUCAGUCUCGAGCUGUUGACUGUCUUCUUUGAUGGGACACUGGCGUUAUACAUCUGCUACUGCAUUGCUAAGCGGGACCCCAAGACUAGCAUAUGGAUGAUCAUUCUCGCUACUUGUGAAAUCUAUGGAGGAUUCAUGACAUUCUGCCCUGAGUGGUUAGUCGGCAAUCUCAACCUUGACGGGAGUAACUUCAUGUAUUUGUGGGUGUAUCUUGUCUUCUUCAACAUGCUCUGGGUUUUUAUUCCCUUCUACGCUAUAUACUGGGCAAUUGGGGAUAUUUCUUCAGCCUUGAACGAGCGUAAGAUCAAGAAGAAUCUAUGA